AUGGGGGAAAGAGCAAGAAGUUCAGAUAGCGAUCAAGAAAGUAAAACAGGCAAACGUCAUUCCUGUUACUAUUCAUCUGAUUUUGGAACGACACCACAGUCUUCUGGCCAGUCGUCGCCAGUCGAUCCUUCACCUGUAAAUAUUAGGGAGAAAAAUCCUAAAAUACAAGUAUCAGAUAAUCAAGUGCAUCACCAAGCUCCUAGGAAGCCAAGCCCUAAGGGUACACCAAACAAAAAGGGAGUUCGAGUGGGAUUUCGUUCUCAAAGUCUCAACAGAGAGCCACUUUGGAAAGAUCCUGAUCUUGUGACAAAACGGGUUCUUUCUGCAAGACUGCUAAAAAUCAAUGCACUACAGAAUGAAGUAUCUGAACUCCAGGUCAAGUUAGCUGACCUGCUGAAAGAAAAUAAGGCUUUGAAAAGGGUUCAGUACCGACAGGAGAAAGUCCUGAAUAAGUUUGGAGAUGCGGAAAAUGAAAUCUCACAACUUAUAGUUCGUCAUAAUAAUGAGAUUACAGCUCUCAAAGAACGCUUGAGAAAGUCUCAAGAAAAAGAACGAGCAACUGAGAAAAGAGUGAAAGAUACAGAAAGUGAACUAUUUAGGACGAAAUUUUCCUUACAGAAAUUGAAAAAGAUCUCUGAAGCUAGACACCUACCUGAAAGAGAUGAUUUGGCAAAGAAAUUAGUUUCGGCAGAGUCAAAGUUAGAUGACACUGAAAGAAGAAUCAAGGAACUGUCAAAAAACCUCGAGCUGAGUACUAACAGUUUCCAGCGACAGUUGCUUGCUGAAAGGAAAAGAACCUUUGAGGCUCAUGAUGAAAAUAAAGUUCUUCAAAAGGAGCUACAACAACUUUAUCACAAAUUAAAGGAAAAAGAGAGAGAACUGGAUAUAAAAAACAUAUAUUCUAACCGUAUGCCAAAGUGCUCUCCAAAGAAGGAAGAGAAAAAUUCAUCAAGAAAAAAUGCUGCAUGCCAGAGUGAUUUUACAGACCUGUGUACCAAAGGAGUACAAACCACCGAAGAGUCUGAAGCAGAAGAAUUUCCUGUAACACCAGAAAUAACUCUGUGUUAUGAAAACAAGUGGGAAGAACCAGAGCAUCUUACCUUGGACCUGGAAUCUCCAGAGCAAGAUGAGCACAAAGAAGCACGGAUUCUAAGCCCAAUGGUGGAAAAAGACGAAAAACACUUUAAAGAUCAAGGACUGCAUACAGGGGCUGAGAAGCUGGAGGAUGAAUGGAAAAGAGAAGAACUUGAUAAAAAGCAAAAAGAAAAGACAUCUUUAUUUGAGAGAGAAGAAAAGCCAGAGUUGGAAACUGGAAGGCACCAAAUGGGAAUGUAUCAAAUUCAAAAUAAUGAUAAAUUGAAAGAAGAGGAAGAAGAGAGACUCAAGACUAAAAUGCUGCUUGCUAAACUGAAUGAGAUCGACAGAGAGUUCCAAGAUCCCCAGAAACUAAAAUAUCCUCCUUUACCAUUAAUACCUGAUUUGGAAUCAAAACUGCACUCAGAGAAAAGCCCCAAAACACAAAUGUUCUCUGACUCCUCAGAGAAAUUACCUAAUGGGCAUCAUUUGGAAGAUACCAGUUUUUUACUUCCAAAGGGGGAGAGCCAGAAACCAGGAAAUUUUAGAAGUACAGCUUCUCCACAUGAGUUUUCAUUUGGUAGCUACAUACCUUCAUUUGCAAAAGCAUCAGGGAAGUCAAAUCCACUUAGGCAAAAAAGUGGCCUUUGUGAUUUUACAAAAACCAGUGUGGACAAUUUUGGUAAAGACACUGUAGAUAUAACUGCAAGAAAAGAGAAAAAAGCCAACCUGAUGGAACAACUAUUUGGUACCAGUGGCAGCAGUACCAUUUCCUCUAAAAGCAGUGACCCAGAUUCUCUGGCUGACAGCAAAGGAGACUUCGAUCCUCCAAAUUUUCUGCCUAGCGAUAAGGGUAAGAGCAGUAGAGACAGGGAAUGUGACGAGGAUGAAGACUUUUUCCUUGCUGAAGGAAGAAGUGUGAAUCCAAAUAGACAGCAAUUAAAACAGGCAAACAACAAAGCAGCAGUAAAAGCGGUUGAGUCUGUAGAAGAUGACAUUGAAGAAGUAGCACUGAGAUGACUGGCUAGAGUUUACAUUCUUCUCAGAUUGUAAAUAUUAAAAUAUACAUUUAUCAUAAAUUUAUCAUAAAAAUUUACUUUUUAAUAUUAAAAAGUCCUUAUUAAAGAAUGAUUUUUAGUAGCUCCAUUAAAAAGAAACAGCAUAUCCACACUGUAUAGCUAGUUUGUCAAGAAUGAAGCAGGCUUUUUUAAAAAAUGAAAUAUAAAGAAUAUUAGUCAACUUUCUGGUGCUGGGACGUAUUACCAACAUUCACAACCUAGACAACAAAAAGGUUUAAAUUGGCUCAUGGCCUACAGUUCAGGGGGUUCAGUUCAUGGUUAGUAAGGUAGAAGGACAUGGCGGAAUAGCUGCUUCCUUCACGGUUAGGGAAACAGGUCCGGAGGGAGGGUGAGAGAAUCAGAUAGAGACCCCAGUGUCACGCUUCCACAGCCCAGCCAGACACUCCGAAGAGCUGGACUCGCCAAUCCUCUGGGAGGUUGCCAAGCCAGUCAAACUUAAUUAACACAGCUGUCUUUUACUUUGCUUUGAUCUUUUAGUUACUAACUUCUUACAUGAGGAAGCUUUACUUCACUGGUUGUCACAUUUAUUUCUUUUAUUCCUAUUUGGAAAAUUUAAUAUGUACUUUUAAGAUUUGAAUUUGUGCUCCCCACUAAAGAGACAAUAGGAUAAUACUAUUGAACUUAAAGGACUACUUCUAAAGCAAGUUUUUUAGAAUGGAACUUCUGCCUUGCUGAGUAGGGUGGAUAGAUUUCUGUUAAAAUGCACUGGUUUUCUUUUAGAUGUCUGUAGUUCACCUCAGUUGCAAAGGAGUAUGCUGGGUGUGCUUGUUCUUUGAGAAUCUAUAAUGCAUCAUCAACCAAGGGGAAAAUGCCGUGAAAAUAGAGGAAAUAGUGUAUCUGGAAGAAUAAAAACUUUAGAUAGGCACUUAUUCUAAACUGAGGGGUGUUUUUCAAGAAUCCACUAUAUAUUUGUUCAUUGUAUGAUUUCUGAUGUCAAGCAUACAUACUGAUGAGAGGAAAGAAUUCUUAUAAAAGUUUAUUCGUGAAUGUCAUUUCAUGACUAUUUGAUGAGACUUAUUUGGCUAGGUCUUUUAAAAAAUGUAUUACCGGGGCUGGGGAUUUAGCUCAGCGACAUAAGUGCCUGCCUUGCAAGCGGGCAGUCAUGAGUUCGACCGAUAAAAACGAAAAAGACAAAAAAAAAAAAAUGUACUACCUAUCAUCGUCUAAAUUGUGUUACUUAUUAUUGGGAAUAAUCUCCCAAAACUGCUAACUUGUACUGAUUUUCUUAAAGAGAUUUUUAUAUGUUACAAAUCAUUCUAAUAUAUAUAAAACAUUAUUUGUAACGCAGUUUUUUAUAAAAUAUGUAAUGUUUCAUUUAUAACUGCUACUUUUUGGUCAAAACUAUUCUGUUUAGGUUUAAAUGUUUUAAUAAAACUUUAUAGAAAAUUUUUUAUUCAGGAUAUUUAGUCUGUUACUUUUUUCUACCUGAUGGCGUCUUUAUUUAGAAGCAACAGAAUUAUUAAAAGCUAAAAUUCAGUUAUAGGCUUAAAAACAUGAUGUACAGAACAGUUUUUUUAUGAACAAACCUUAGUGAAUCAUUUUUUCUAAAAAUUUAAAUUUAUUUGUAUUUCGAACUCAUUAAUAAAAAUUUUAAAACACUAUGACUUUAUUUGAGUAAUACUCGGAUUUCUUAGAAAAAUGUUGUGGAAACAGGAUCUGUAGGGUAAAUUUUUGUGUAAUUAUUCACCUUUUUUGUAUCUGGUAUUCUUAGCUGAAUUAAAUAAAUCUGCCCUAAAUCAGCUCAGACAGUAUGCUAAUCUUAUCAGAUAAUUACAGUUUUAAUUAAUCUUUUCUCCCUUAGUAACACCCAUCAUAAUGGUAUAUAUUGCUCAUAAUAAAAAUAAUGGAAAGACAGAUUAAACUGAGCAACAAACACGAACUUACUGUGUGACUCACUGUUUUUCCGACCAUCCUCUCCUUUUCACUUUCAGCCACAGUCCUAUGCGCUAGUGGCGCCCUCUGUUGUAUAACCCCCACCCCCUGCCUGCUGACUGCUGAGUAGACAAUGCAAAUGUUCCUGAAGAAAAGAGAAAGGGAAAUUUGUAUCCUAGUGACAGUAUGAAUUUUUAGGAUUAAAAGAGGUACCGUAAAUUGUUAACGAGGAACACCUUUAAAAGCCUGCUUCCAAAAAAAAAAAGCCUGUUUCCCCUGCUACACAAUACCUACCCUUCCCAUAGGGAAGUUCUUUCAUGCAUUUUGAAAGUAUUUUGUUCUUACUAAAGGCCUGAGUUCCCUGCUGUCAGAGUGGAUGGGCUUCAUCCCUGCCCUCCCACUGCUCCCUAUGUGUCCAGCCAGAUUACAGUUCCUCAGUUUGCACUGAUCUUUCAGAAUGCUUCUUAACGCCCGCUGUCAGCAAAUGAAAUGUAUUUAUGUUAUUGCUUGGCAGGGUGCCUGGCAUAUUAUAAGCACUCAACAAACAUUCCAGUUAUUACCAUGGCUAAUUGUCAAUUAUUUCUUAAAGUCAUAAAGUAGAACAUAAGUAUAUAUAAUACAUGGACAUAAUACUUUUUGAAAGACAAAUAGAACAAGUUUCUAAACCUCCAUAUUAUCAAACGUCUGUACUAAGACCACUGUGCCACUGAGAUCUGCAUUACUCUCGCUGUAGUAUUCAGUAUUAAAGUGCUGUGAAAUGGAUAAGGCUUUUCCACGGAAGGAUGGAGAAACUAUAAACUUCGGAAGGAUUUUCUGAAGACAGAUUCAGUGACACAGGAAAGGUGUGAGAAGUUGACAGUAACGAGGAAACAAAAUUCAGGAAAAACAGGACUUUAAAGUUAUAUAAUGUGGUAAUUCCGUCCCUACCUUUCAAGGAACAUGUGUGUCUUCAGUUACACUGCAAACCUCUGUAUGCCUCUUUUCCUCUAAGAUGAGGCUGAUGAGAUAGCCCGUCUCGUAGCUGUCCAUGCAUUUAAUUAGUUGAUAUACCAAGAAUGAACAGGAAGCACUUAAAUAUCAGCUGCUUUGUUUUACUGGGGGAAAAAAAUCAAGAAAGGUCAGUUACACCUGGUGGUCCCAGAAUGGCAAUUGUUGGUUUUCUAUGUUUUAGCUUAUUUCUCACAAACUUCCUUUAAAGUAUCUGAUACUUUAUAACUCCUGUUUUGAAGUUGAAGUUGAUCUAUUGCAUUACAUAAAUUGUGGAUUUCAUAAAUUGCAUUCAAUAGUCUCUAAGAAAAUACUGUAUUUUGGAGUUUAGUGUUACUAGUUACAUAAAUUCAAACCGACUUCAGCAAAGCAGGGAAAGUUCAGGAGGUGGUUGAAUCUGAAUGCUGAUUCUGUUUACCUCUCAGUCGUGCUGGUUCUCCUUUCCCAGUAAGCCUCGUUUUUGGCAAAAAUAUCACAAUUGACAACCGAAAGCCUCCACCUUCCCUUCAGUGGGCACGCCCCACACAGAGGCUUAAUCUUCGCUGUGGCAGAAGUCUAAGGCCAGCCGCCUGCUGUCAGGGCUGGCGGCCUUGUGCAGGGAAAGGACACAAUGCUUACUCACCUUUCUUCAUGAAAUGGACAAGACUACUGUGGAAUAGGGAAAUACAGUGUGCUGAGAAAAGGAAUUCUGAAUUAUUGGUUCUUAUGAAAAUACACCCGCAAACACUUUUACUAGUAUAAGCAUUAGUGACUUAUCAAUACACUUCAUUCCCAGCAACAGGGCGCUUCCAUGAGAAGACUGAAUUACAAGUACGGGGUUUUGCUGUGGGAUUCAUUGGUUAUUAAAAGUGAGCUACCUAAGCAGGAAGAGAAAUAUGCAAAGUAUUUACAUUUUAGAGUUCAUAUAAAAGGCUGAGAGACCCAGAAGCACAUUCUCCCAAGCUAAAUGUUACAUCUGUGAAAUAUGUAUUCAUGCAUAAAUGAACAUAAUCGAAGUCUAAAACAUUCAGAAUAGGAAUGGGCAGCCAAAGCAGGGUGGGAAACACCAGGCUUUGGGGUCAGGAGGUGGGUUCAAAUGCGCCAUAUACUAAUUACAACUUUGGUCCAAUAACUAAACUUUUCUUAAGGUUUCUCAGAUGUGAAUGAGGCUGAACACACCUUAUGAGUUAUAAAGAUUGAGGUUUUUUUUGAGAGAUGAAAAUAAGAGAAUAACAUACGGUAUAUCCAUAGAGGGAGAACAUUAUUCAGCAUUUAAAAAUAAACUUCUGUAACACCCCAGACUUUUUCUUUCUUAACAGAACCUUGUCGAUGUGCUAUAAAUAUGUAUUUUCUUACCCUGUUAUCAGUUCUCUUUGACUGACGUGAUUCUUGUCUACACACAGGCAUAGGGUGCACUCUUGCACUGAAUGCACGUUGCCUGCUGUUUGGGGGAACAUGCAGCCUGUGGGAGGAGCGGUCUUCCACGCAUAGCUGUGCUUCACUGGCUGUUUCCAUGGAGGAGGAAAAGAUACAAAUCAGGGGCCAGGACUGUGGGUUGAAGGCCAGGUUUUAGCAUUCAGGAUGAAGCUCCCCACCCCUGCUAGGGCAAGGGGGCCUUUGUGAAUACCGUGGUCAAAGGUCACUGUCUUUUUUUCUCUCUUUUAGUGACCUGAAUAUCAAAUUUCAGAUUUCCUUCCCAGUUGACAUUGAUUCUGGACAGGCAUACUUUUCACACAAUCUACAACAGCACAUCAUAGAUGUCUGAUUUUUUAACUCUGAUAAUAAAGCAAACCCAAGUUACUGUAAUAGGCAAUAAUGGAUAUUGAAAACUUAUCUAUAUGACUGGAAACAAAGGUUUGCUCUCCUCCUCCUCCUCCUCCUCCUUCUUCUUCUUUUUCAUCUUCUUCUUCUUUCUUCUCUCUCCCGCAAUCUUUUUUUAAUUUUAAAAAGCAACACAGAAAAAAAAAAGGAUAGAAUUAAUACAGAAUUUCAAAAAAGGGAAUUAACCCAGUCAAUAUAUUGCACAUUGUUAUCUCAGAACUGGUUGUUCGGGUUACAAAAUCUAGAUACAAACAUGAUCAAACAUUGACAGCACAAACUGUUCUUUUUGAUGAACUAAGGGAGAUUGGUAGUAUAGUUAUCUAACUAGCUUUCAUGUGUAAUCUUAAACUUAGCUUCAAAAUUUGCUUCUAGUCCUGGCAAUACCUGUAGGAUUUACUCUCCUAAGCACUUACAGAGACACUUCUUCGAGUAAUGAGUACAAACCUUCAUAUUCUUUACCUAAAAUAAUUUUUAAUAGAGAAAUAGAAUCAGUGGAACCAAACAACAUAGGAAGAUGUUUGUACUAAUUGGAUCAAACACUGUGAUCAAGGCUUUGAAUAUGGAACAGUGGAACCAUGACUGAAGUCUAAGUUUUAUUACAAGUAGGAUGGACGCUGCACCCCAGGCAGGCAAGAAAUCAUGGCCUGGACAAUACUGCCAUUUUCUUGAAAAACAGGUUCAGUAUCAUUUAAGUAGACAAUUUGCUACACAUCCCUUUUAGGUGGUAUUCUCAAACUGUCUCCCAGAGCUAGAGUAGCAUUCCCUAAAAAAAUAAAAUGAUAAAAAUGUUAAUUCUUAGGCUCCAUCGUCCCAGACUCACUAAAUCAGAAACUUUGUGGGCCUAGGUCAGCAAUCACUUUAUGAACAAGCGCCCCCAACACACACACACACACACACACACACACACACACACACACACACCAGCUUGAGUUGAUGCAGCUCAAGUUUCAAAAGUACUUUCUAAAAUAACACUAGUGAGAUAAAGAAUAUUCUUUGUAGUAUACAGGAAAGUUUAUCUGUGGGAUUUUGCAUAUUCAAAUUUAGCACUCUUGGCUGCAGUCACAAAGGCAAGGGCGGCAUGGACUUACUGUUGUCUUCUCAAACUGUACACUAUAGAAGAAACUACUAUCUUUUUAAUGGCUACAACCAAGUUGGGGUCAGCAAAGGGCAAUUUUUUUUCCUUUUUUUGGUACGAGGGAUCAAACUCAAGACCUUGUGCUUGCCAGGCAGGCACUUAUGCCACUGAGCUAAAUCCCUAGUCCUGCAAAUGGCAAUUCUCUAUGGCUGAUGUCAGAAAAUUUACGCUAGUCAAGAAAGAAUAAUUCCAUCAAAACACCCAACACCAAGAAGGCCAGGUAGUUAAUAUAGCUUUCCCUCAUUGUGGCCUAUAAUCCCCUAAUUUUAAAAAAAUGCAACACUUCAAAACAUUAUCCUUAUAGUAUGCCCUCAAAAACAACUCAUUGAUGGGUUUAAAUUUGCGAUUUCAUGUAUAUGUUUUGUUUCAGCACUGACUCUUACAAUUUCAGGUUUUUGAAAGUUGGAGAAGAAAGUAGUAUAUAUGUAUGUGUAUACGCUUAAUGUCCUGGGCAGAAAUUUUCUGUGCUAGAGAUUUAACAAAUCUUAAAAUUAUCUAUAUGUAUAUGGGCAAUACUUUAGAUAAAAGUAAAACGGAACUAAGUGUUUACAUUUCUCAUGUAUACACUGCUCAGCAUCUGUGAGGACAUGUGUGUAAAUAAGAAUUUGCAUGUAUACCCAGAGGGAGUAUUUAUUUACACACAAAGUCCAUUAUGUUCACACAAGUUUAGGUCUGGUUUGUAACACAAAGCUUCUGUAUGUCUUUGGCUUCCUGAAUUGUUGUGUCUAUUAUAAAAUCAAACAAAAACUGAUAAAGUAUAGCUUGAACAAACCUGUUCUUGUGGAUUCUGUUUGUAUGGUGCCGAGUAUCAGUCAACAUGAAAGUGUAGUAUUGACAAUGGGCUGGUGGCAGUCAUCAUGAGAACAGCUAUACUUCUAAAUAGGUACUGAAGCAUAUUUCUUCAGGGCUCAUUUCCCAUAAAAUACAUCACCACUGGAAAGGUCAAUGAAAAUAAAGAGUCAUACAUUGUGAAUAUAUCCAUAAAACUGUGAUUACCCCAGUGUAAUUCUGGUCUGGGGCCUAGCAAUCUCCUUGAGUAAUUAAUAUAUUUGUUCUGACACUUCCACUGAAAUCAUAACUUUGUCAACCUUCUUACGACUAUGCAUUAUGUAUAAACAUGCUCUAAAAACUCAUUUAGUUAGGAAAUUUUUCCCUUUAUCUCUCUCACCAGUAAUUCUCAUUUUAAGCUGUAGCUUAAUUUCUGUUUCUGUUUUCCAGUAUCUUUUUUAUUAACUGCAAAGUUUGAUGGAGUCCAGCAGCAUAAUUAAAUCAGUGCACAUUGUCAGUGGGGUUUUUCCUUCACUGCUGAGAGGUUGCUAGGAUACCCUUAAAGAUACAAUUCUCUUGAUUAACUGCAAAAGCCAGAUUGCCCAAGUAAUAUGUUCAUUCAUUCAUAGAAAAACAGGUCAGGAUUAGAUUUAAAUUUAUCACAUGAUGAUGGCUAUAUAUCUCUAAAUACGCUUCAUAUUACAGAAAUGUGCUUAAGUAUGUUACAAAGAAUGUGUUUUGAAUAAUUCAGUGAAUAAGGAUUAGUCAUCUUUAUGUUACAAAACUCAUUUCUUUGAGUUGCUCAAUGUAUAUGGAUUUGAAGCUGAAAAUUGUGAAUUUUAGGAUGUCACUGAGAAAUGCACCUUCAUUUUGAUUGCUAUGUUUUUAUUUACUGGUAUAUUUUAUUCCAAAACUGCAUAGAAAUUGGAACCAUUGCCCUCUGGUUGAUUUAAUAAAAGAAAAAUUUAAAAAGCUUACAAUGCAAAAUAGAACUUCAUUUGUAAUAGCUUGAUUUGAUGGGACUAUUAUUUUGACAGAACUGACGAAAGGCUUAACCUGGGUGGUGUUUCUUCUAACAAUUAUAUUAUGGCUAAUGAGAAAGAACAUAACUGUUUCUACAAUAAAAAAGAAAAGUGUGAAGCAGUCAUAA